CGAGAGAGACAGAUCAGUCGUGGUGCCGCCGCCGUCCGUCCGUCCGUCCCUUCCUCCCGUCCCUCCCUAGCCAUGAAUAGUCUCCGCUGGUCCCCGUUUGAAACUGGCCUUUGCUUCAGGUCUCUCGUCAAAGGGCUCUAUUCAUUGCAGAGAAUGGCCUGAAUGUUAAGCUGCAUAUCCGGCCCUGUUCAUUGAGAUGCUGCUUUGCGCUGCUCCUGCUGCUCCUGCUGAGGAGGUUUGACUUAGUCUGAAGCUGAAACUCCUCACAGCAGAAGCAAGGAGGACAGGCAGGAGGGGCUGAGGCGGGAAGGACUGAGGCGGGAGGGGGCACCUCCUCAUUGUGCCCCCCCUUCCAAGCAGCCUUUGCUGCUGCACUGGAGAGUUGGGUGCUGAAGAGGGGGAUUGAGGAGACCCUUCCAGAAGCAGGUGCUGUGGAUUUCACACCACUUAAGAUGUGCCCUCUCUCAGAAGCCCUGGCCUUGAGCGCGUGAGGCAGCCGCUGAGCCAUGUCGCAGAUGCUGCACAUAGAAAUCCCCAACUUUGGGAGCACCGUCCUGGGCUCCCUGAAUGAGCAGCGCCUCCUGGGUCUCUACUGCGAUGUCUCCAUCCUGGUCAAGGGCCAGGCCUUCAAGGCUCACCGGGCUGUCUUGGCAGCCAGCAGCCUCUACUUCCGAGACCUCUUCAGUGGCAACAGCAAGAGCGCCUUCGAGCUGCCGGGCUCCGUGCCGCCCGCCUGCUUCCAGCAGAUCCUCUCCUUCUGCUACACCGGCAAGCUGACCAUGGCUGCCAGCGAGCAGCUGGUGGUGAUGUACACAGCAGGCUUCCUCCAGAUCCAGCACAUCGUGGAGAAGGGGACAGACCUGAUGUUCAAAGUGAGCUCCCCUCACUGCGACUCCCAGACGGCCAUGACGGAGGAGCCCUGCUCGGGGCCCCAGAGCCCCUGCCACCCCCUGCAGCCGCCCUCCCUACCCUAUGCCGUGUCCCCUUCCGUGCCCCUUCCACUGCUCACCCGCGUCAAGCAUGAGACCUUGGAGCCUGCGAAGCGGUCCUUGGAGUGCAGCCUGCGGGAGGCGGCCGGGGGCAGCUCCUCUGCCAGCGCCCCGCUCAAAUUGUCGCGCGUCUCCUACUACGGGGUGCCCAGCCUUGCCACCCUCCUCCCCAGCAUCCCACUGGCUCAGUACUGCCAGGGGGAGCGGACGAGCCCUGGGGCCAACAGCCUCCCCACCACUGACAGCCCCACCUCCUACCACAACGAAGAAGAUGAGGACGACGAUGAAGCCUAUGACACCAUGGCGGAGGAGCAGUACGGGCAGAUGCACAUCAAGUCCACAGGCGGCUAUGCAGGGCCUCAAGAGAAGCCGGAGCCAGUGCCCCUGGAGAGCCGCUCUUGUGUCCUCAUCAGGCGGGACUUGGUCGCCCUCCCUGCCAGCCUUAUCAGCCAGAUUGGGUAUCGCUGCCACCCAAAACUCUACUCAGAAGGAGAUCCUGGAGAAAAACUUGAACUCGUGGCAGGCUCUGGUGUUUACAUCACUCGGGGGCAGCUGAUGAACUGCCACCUGUGUGCAGGUGUGAAGCACAAAGUUCUCCUGCGGCGCCUGCUGGCCACGUUCUUUGACAGGAACACACUGGCCAACAGCUGCGGAACUGGGAUCCGGUCUUCCACAAGUGAUCCCAGCAGGAAGCCACUGGACAGCCGGGUCCUUAAUGCUGUGAAACUGUAUUGCCAGAAUUUUGCCCCAAGUUUCAAGGAGAGUGAGAUGAACGUCAUCGCAGCCGACAUGUGCACUAAUGCCCGCCGGGUGCGGAAGCGGUGGCUGCCGAAGAUCAAAUCCAUGUUGCCGGAGGGUAUGGAGAUGUAUCGCUCCGUCAUGGGCUCCACUACCAGCAGUAUCUCCCUGGACCCUGAAUUCCAGCCUUCCGCUGCUCAGAUGUUUGAACAGCGGAUCUACGCGGAGCGGAGGGGGGAUUCUGGAACCAUUGUGGCACUGAGAACUAACACGGUCACUGUGGAUCAGAGCAACAGAUCCAGCCAGCUGUUUGAGCCAAAUGAGCAGGGGGAAGGGGCCAGUUCUGUCAUCCAGGAGUCUGCUGGCCCAGAAGCAAUGGCUUUGGAGAGCCACAGCACCACACCGCCUUUCGAACAGGGCCCAUCUGGGUCCACUAGCCGGCCGGAGACUCCGGCAAGACGACCGGAAGGCCCCUACGGAGGAGGAGGAGGAGGGACUUUGUGAAAGAGCCAGGAUCAUGCUGGGCUUGACCAACGAGGGAUCUCUAAUACUAAAGCUGCUUGCAUGCAUUAUUAAUACAGAAAAAAGAGAAAUGUGAUCAAACCAUUUACCUACUGAACUGCUACUGUUGCCUGAGAAAAAUGUGAUUUUUAUUCUGCUUGUGUUUAAGAUAGAUGAAGGAAAUAUCACAUUCGUUAUACUGUAAGCAACUCUAGGCCUAAGGCAACCUACUUAUGGAAAAUGGAAAUGAAACAAACCCCAGGCUCCUUUAAAAUCAAAAAUCCUGAGGUUUGUCUAGAAGGCAGUAGGAUUUUGUUUCAAAAGAGCUAAGCGAUAUUCCUCUCCCCCAUUCAUCCUCCUCCUCCUCCACCACCAUCCUCAGCCCUCCUCUUCCUCUUCCUCCUCCUUGUGAUGGGGCAUGUACAGAGAGGGGAGGGGGCAAGGAGCUGAUGGAGGAUGAGGAGGAGGCCUUGCUGGGGUUGGCUGCUGUAGGGUGAGGUUUUGGUUUGGUUGCUGCACAAUUCCAUUGCUUGGACCUUUUGUUUGACUUAUGGACAGGGAGGAUUUUUUUCAGGCACAAUCCACUAGGAAUAUAUCCUGUGCAGGUACUGUUGGGACGAAGGGACAUUUUUGCCUGGAAACUCCACCGGUGGCCAGUGCUCAGGAUAUUUGCUGGAUGGAAAGCCUUAAUUGCCCUUUUUCUUCCCUUGAUGGUGGCCCCUGCCUGGUAGUGGCACCAGGGCACCACACUUUCCUUUGUGUCCCCCUCAGGCAGUAGCUUCCCCCAGAGUUUUUUUUUUGUUGUUGUGGUUUUUUUUGUUUUUUUUUGGUUUUUUGUUGUUUGGAAGGUGAGCGCAGGCCUCUUUCUGGCACAGCAAUACCCUUUGGCUUCUGAAAUGAUUUGAAUCAGGUUGGGCACAUGACACCAUUUGUGGGUGUCAUGGAUUUCGUCCUGAGGAGUAUUGUGUUUGUGUGGGUGUGUGGCUGCACAAAACAUUCCAGAAUGACUCCCAUGAUACUAUUUCUCCAGCUCUUAGAUACAGGGGCAUCUUUGAGCUUCAUUUUGUUUAAUGCUGAAAUUUUGCUGGCAGAGAUGGUGAAAGGCAAAAGCUGCUUGGGCUGGGCAGAGGUGCCCCCCAGGAGGCUAAUACUGAGGGCAUCACUCUAUCCUGAUGCAUCUCAUGGGACCGGGGAGGGAGGUUAUUGUUAGCAUUGAGUGGUGUGUUGAUGGAGGUGGAAUAUGGUAAGGCUCUACUGGGCCAGAGUGUGGGGUGCAGUUGCUGUUCUUGGCAUUUCUGAAGGCAUUUCUGAAGGAGCAGACAGGGAAGAGAAAAGAGAUCAGAGAGAGAGGUGAGAAGGGAGUCACUAACUUGAGAGUUUUGUGGCACACUUGGCCAGAAUGGAUGUCUUUGGUGGCUGUCCAACCCUACCCCAAACCCUAUUGUUCCUUUUUAGGAUCUGUGUUUUCCUAUUUGAUCCCACUCUUUUUUUUCCCUUUUUUUUUUUUUUUUUUUUUUGAGAAGGCUCAUGUAAAAUAUGAGAACAAGUUUUUCAGUUCUGAUGGCUUGAGCUGCUUUGUCUGGUAGGGUGUUUCUUAGAGGGGGUACAGCUCAACUUUCACAUCUGAAAGGUGUUGGGUGCAGAGCGAACUUUGGCCAAAGGAGAACCAGCAUGUGUGCAAGAGGCAGAGCAGGUUGGAGUGGGAUCUGGGCUGGGGAAGCAGGCAGGCAGCCUAGCUUGCUUUUUGGGUGGUUGUGUGUCAGGGGGAGAGCAGCCUCAUUUUUGCUGCACUCAGCACCUCCCCCUAAUAUAUGUCGGACAGGCGUGGCAGAGGAGAGAGUAGGUGGAAGCCACCAUGGCCCGACUGGGCUAUUUCAUAAAUGGAAGGGCAAAGAGGCCCCUUCUCUGGUCUCUGGUUGGAUGGCCGUUGCAGGGGGUUGCCUAGAUUACCCUUGGGGGCCCCUUUCCUCUCCACAGUUCUAUAAGGGAAAGGUGCUUUUGCUCUGGGAUCUGCCCCUUUUCCAACUCCAAAAUGGGUCCUUGGCAGCCAUCCCCUUAGCCGUUCUAGAAUGGUUUAUCCCAAGAUUCAGUCACCUUGAUUGAAACACAGGAGUUACUGGAAGGCCCCCACCUGGUAUGUGAGAGGAGAUGCUUCACCAUGAAGGGUGUGCUGCUUAGGAAUCUCUCCCCAUUCCUAGCCCAAACCCUCCUUGAUGUAAGGGUUUGUCUCUGCUUUUCUAGGCAGGAUCCCUGUGUGGGUUUCUGGGAAGGGACCACAAAGAGCAGGCUCUUGAGGGGGGAGGGGAAACAGACUGAGUUUGGGGGGAUUUUUCAGGUGCAGAAAGCUCAGGACAGUGGGAGCUUCUGAGAGCUCUGCAAUGGGUACUUUCUGAGCUCCAGGUGAGGCUCUGUGCUGGAGCCAAUGGCAUGAGGUGUUGCGGGGGGUAUACUCUCUUCCUGGGGGUUCCUCCUUUGCCAUGUGACUUUGGAGGGAGUCCUUGCCUUUGGCCAAUAUUUGAAACUUCAUUCUGGGCCCUGAAUAAAAAAACUGUGGUCCCUGAUCAGUACCAGUGCCACCCCACAAAGGAUUAAAACCAGCUGAGCACUGGUGAAGUGGAUGGGUGAGGCCUUGAGGAGGGGGAGAAGCACCAGGAAGCUGAGCCAACGUGUCUCCAGGCUUUUUCUGGCCUGGGAUGCCUCUGUAGCUGCAGCUCAAUCAGGCCAUUGACUCCACACCUUCAAGGGCCUAAUUCUGCAUUUGCAGGUGAAUGAGAACUUUGUUAUCAGAGCGAGCAGUCGAGUAAUGAUCUGCCCUAGAUGGUCCAGUGAGUAGGGGCAGCUCUGUGGGCAGUGACCCCCCCUUCUGUAUCUUUCCCUGAGUCAGUGGUAAAGGGGGAUUGGGUCCAUGAAAUAUGAUGGUAUCAAACUGAAAGGAUUACUGCCUUUCUUACCUUGGGUCAUUUCCUCUUCCAAUUGGAUAUCCUACCCAAAAUAAUGGUGGUACAAAGUGCAUCCAGGAGCUGUUCCACCCGCCCCUGGCCCCAUGAUGAAAUGACCAGAACAUAAAAGAAAAUACUUGAAUGGCUUAGAAAAGAAUCCGAAGAGAGUGUCGCAUUGCACAGUUAAGAUAUAUUUUUAUACCGAGCACAAUUUCAUGUACAUUUUUAUUUGGGGUUUAUUUGUUUGUUUUUACUUUCUAGUAAAAGAGAGAGAGAGAGAGCUUUAGGUAAACUUGAAAAAAAUGUGAAUGGUUUGUUUUUGGGGAGGGGGGCCUUCCUUGUCUUCUUGAUGAGGAUGAGCAUUUGCACUAAACCAGAUCCGCAUGUGGAGGCUUAAGGGCAGAUUUCCAAGACGUAUCUGUGGAUCGUGAUUGCCUCCUCCCUGGUGGGAAGGAAGAAUGUCGCAAAAUAAAAGAAUGUAAAGUGAGAAUGAAGCCCAGAAUGAUCGGGAUUUCCUGAGUGCCUUAGCCCUUUUUGGAUCACUUGUUUUCCAUGCGGAGGGGACAGAGAGGGGGGGAAAUGCCAGAUCAGAAGGAAUGCCCCCCGCCCCGAUUUCCCCCUCUUUGUUUACAAUAAUGCUAGAAAUGUCACGAGAGUGUCUGGGAGUUGCUUUCUGACUGUGAUGAUGCAUAAUGUGAAAUGGAAACGGCAUCCCUCUAGAUCUUAAAAAUAAAAUAAAAAUGGAAGCAGAAGUAUUUAUGGUAUGUCUGCACCUCUAUUCUUAAUGCUUGACUGUUAGCAAUAUUACAUGUGUAUAUUAUAUAUAUAUAUAUAUAUUAAAAGUUAUAUCAAGCACCUUUUUAAAGAGAGAGAAAACCGAGUGAAUAUAGUGGUUGCCACAUCAUAGUAUAAGAAUUGAACCAACAUUCCCACCCCCUCCUUUUCUGCAAUGGAAACAUCCCCAGAUUGCAGUUGCUUUGUAAAUUAGCCUGGCUUCUCCAAGGUUUCUUUAUCUAACCCUUGCUCAGAAGUGUGCAAUUCCAGGGUUUUUUUCCACUCUAAACCAAAAUUUGGAGCCAAAAACAAAACUCGGAUUUUUUUUCCCAGAAAUCUGAUCUCAUUGCAAAGGUGAGACCAUGUUAAGCCAUAAGUCCUGUCCUUUUGUUUGCUCUGAGACUUCCCUGACAGUUAUUCUCUUCUUACUCCAACUGAAAUGGCCACUAAUUCAACCCUCAAGUUGCCAGAGAUGUUUGGCUGUUUGCCACUUUUUCUUACCUGUCCUUGGAAUCCAGUUUGGAAAUGGGUUUUGCUUAAUUGAAGAAAUUCUUCUUUCUCAUUUUAAUUAAGUGCUGGAAAGCAUCCUGGCUAGAAAGUUUAGCUUUUUUUGUAGGAUGCUGAUUUGCCAGGGUGGAUAAAAGGUUGUGACUGUUUUCUCACCUGGUGUGGCAACCUUUCCUGGUACUUCCCAUCACUGAGGAAUUGGGACCCUCUUGGUGACUUCUCUUUCCUGCAUCUUCUUCCUUGCAGCAUUAAAUGCAAAGAGGAAAAGCAAAUUGGUGCCAUCCCCACCUGACAGGGCAGGAGAAGGGGGGAGUCCUAAAAAGGGCACAGCCAUUUGGGCAUGGUGCUCUCCGGGGGAAAGGUGCCCAGGGGAGACGGGCUGCUUUACAUGUAAUCAUCUUUGCCUGAGAAGAGGCCCUCUCUGUGAUGUUGUCUUCCCUGAGCAGCAGAGUUUCCACUGCUGUCCAAAUGAUGCAGCCUGUGAUAUGUGCUGUGCAUUUUGACCAUAUCUCCUGUGGCCAUUAAGGGAUCCCUAACCAGUCUUAAAGGGCCAGGCCUUUCAGUGUCACUGUUACAGUGCUGCUGUGGCUGCCCAUGGAGGGUUGUGGUCAAUUCACUGGGUGCCCACCUUGGAGCAAGGCAAUCUGUGCCUCUGCCAAAGCUGGCAUGAGAGGAGGGAAAGAGGGGUCCCAUGUGUUGUCCUUCCUGAAGAACUUACAAUCUUCUGUUUCUUCCAAACUUCCUUUUUGCACUUUUACGUCUGAGGUGGAGGGGAGGGAGCCCAACCUUGCAAUACUAUUUUUAAGACUCAAAAAUGAUAAAGUCAUAACUAAGCAAGAAAAUGUAUAAAUAUGUUUAACUUGAACCUUUGGAUUGCACUUGAUUCAGAUUGUGUGCAGAUCCUUUUGAACUGCCUGAGAGAAAAGUCUUAAGAGAGCAAAAGGGUUUCUCUUGGAGUCUUUAUCAAGAGUACCCAGUAGUACUGUAACUCAUGACUGUUAAAAAUAAAUGAAAAGUUAAAAAUCCCAGCGCUAAUAGGGGAGAUUUUGAAGUGCUUUGGAGUUGUUUCAGCCACGCAAAGUUUUGUUUAUUCUCUUUGUUAUUUAUGUGCCAUCCCUCAGCUUGAGACUGUUACAGCCAUGGCUAACACUAUAGAUUCAGAACAGUGUCAGGUGGCUGGGCGGGGGCGGGGGUAACGUGGGGGAGUGGCUUCAAGAUGUCUCUUCUUCACAAGCCCCCUUCCAAGAGUUCAAAGUAUGGUUGUAGCGCUUUUCAUAUAAUGAAAAAUCCAUGGAAAAAUGUGAUCAUUAAUGAUGAAAAUGCUUUGUAAAAUUCACAUUUACAAAAUAAUAAAGUAAAUAAAACCAUC